UGGAGAGUAUGGCUCUGACUGUUGUGUGGUUUAUUACUGCCAUUUUUAGCUUCGUCCAUUUAUCACCUUUAAUUUCAGUCAAAGAAGAAUAUGCUUUCAAGCAGUGGAUUUCAGAGCACAACAAAGUUUAUGGCACUGAGGAAUAUCACCACAGACUCCAUGUGUUCACUCAAAAUAAGAGGACAGUUGAUCAGCACAAUGCUGGGAAUCACUCCUUCACAAUGGGUCUGAACCAAUUCUCAGACAUGACAUUUGAGGAAUUCAAGAAAUUCUACCUUUUCACGCAACCUUCGACUUGCUCAGUCACUAAAGGCAGUCAUGUCAAAAGGACAGGUCCUUAUCCUGAGUUUGUAGACUGGAGGAUGAAGGGCGACUUUGUGACUCCUGUGAAGAAUCAGGGUUUUUGUGGCAGCUGUUGGACCUUCUCCACCACUGGCUGUCUGGAGUCAGUGAAUGCUAUUGCUACUGGGAAACUAAUACAAUUGUCGGAGCAGCAGCUGCUGGACUGUUCCAGAAAUUUUAGCAACUAUGGAUGCUUUGGUGGGCUCCCCAGUCAGGCAUUCGAGUACAUCAAAUACAGCAAAGGUCUCAUGAGAGAGGAGGAUUAUCCCUACAAAGCCUUUGAGGGAAAAUGCCAUUUUGAGCCUUCACUUGCAGCUGCGUUUGUCCGAGAUGUUGUCAAUAUAACGAGUUAUGAUGAAAAGGCCAUGGUCGAUGCAGUGGCCCGGCUCAACCCUGUCACCUUUGGCUUUGACGUUACAGCUGAUUUUAAGCACUACAAAGAAGGUGUUUACUCCAGCACCCAGUGUAAGAACACAACAGACAAAGUGAAUCAUGCAGUCCUGGCGGUGGGGUAUGGCACUGAGAAGAACGACGUGCCGUAUUGGAUUGUGAAGAACUCUUGGGGCACAGCCUGGGGAAAGGAUGGAUAUUUUUUGAUUGAGCGUGGAAAAAACAUGUGUGGACUGGCUGCCUGCUCUUCUUACCCGCUACCUUAAGCAUCUGAAUAAAAGGGCAACAAAGUGGAAACUCUUGAGCAUGUGUGUAUCGAAAUGUAUUUUAUUCAGCCUAAAGGCCUGAUGUCAACUUAGGGUUUCUAACAUGUUUUCUGGAAGUUUAAUUUCUAAACACCUUAUUAUGUUUUUUUUAUUAAAACUGAGACAUUAAAAUUUUGAGUGCUCCAUGGAAACAAUACAGGCCACAUAUUUCAACUCAAGACCCUGCAGGCCUUUGCAAAUUACAUGCCAAACUAAACAAAUAACGAUUACAUGUUGAUUUUACAGCAGCAUUUAUUUUUAUGCACCAUUGUUGAUUAUAGAACAUUUGUUGAGAAUCUUAUGAGGCCCAAAAUCAGGACAAUUAAUCAUAUUUUAGGUUUUUGAUUAUCUAUUUAAUCUAUUUCUGUAUACUUUGCAAAUAAAAAAGUUAAUGUAA